AUGGCGGACAUCACCGAUCCCACUGCUGGUAUUGACCAGCCUUCCCCCGGCGACGACCUUACUGGCAAUGGUGUCGACGCACGUGGAACCAAACGACCGAGAACUUCCUUGGCAGGUGACGACGACGACGAUGAUGAUGAAAAGGGAGGAAGAGAACGGAGAAAGAUUGAAAUCAAGUUCAUCCAAGACAAAUCCCGCCGUCAUAUUACAUUUUCCAAGAGAAAAGCUGGCAUCAUGAAAAAGGCUUAUGAACUCUCGGUCCUUACUGGAACUCAAGUCUUGCUCCUUGUUGUCUCCGAGACUGGCCUCGUCUACACAUUCACCACGCCCAAGCUUCAACCUCUUGUCACCAAGGCCGAAGGCAAAAAUCUGAUCCAGGCAUGUUUAAAUGCUCCAGAGCCCUCCGGUACUGAGAACGGUGUCGACGCCGCAGACGAUGUUGCUUCACCCGAUGACGUUCCUACGAUGCCUUCGGCAGCUGCUGGCAUGCCUCGGCCUACUGCUCACGGUGGCUACAUGACUCAAGAGCAACAGCAGCAAGCCUUGUACUAUCAACAAUUGCAACAGCAAAACCAGAGCGGACAAUAUGCGGGUAUGCCACAGAUGCCUCAACAUCAACGUGCAUGA